AAUAAGUGCUUUUUGUGUAAUAGAAAAAGUAAAAGCACUUUUGACGCGGAAGCCGAGAAAAAUAAAAGUUGUAGUGUUUGGGAAAAUAAGUGCUUUUUUAAAGCCAAAAGCUGAGAAGUGCUUUUUUAAAAGCAGUUGCAAACCAACCCUUAGCCGGAUUGAGUUCUGGACCUGAUCAGUCCAUGGUACUGCACCUGGCCCAAUAUCUAAACAAUAUCCCUAAAGAUUUCGUUGUUCAGCCCAUAAAGCCCACUAUCGAACCACUGUAAUUUCAUCGCCUCGUAGCUGAAACCCUAGGGAGGCUUGUUGCUGCGGACUGAAGGGUUCGGUGAAGAGGUCCCAUUUGCUGCAGACAGAAGAUUGGCGAAAAAGUCCAAUGGGGAGGAGGCCAGCAAGGUGUUACCGCCAGAUUAAGAACAAGCCAUACCCAAAGUCAAGGUAUUGCCGUGGUGUGCCUGACCCAAAGAUUAGGAUCUAUGAUGUUGGAAUGAAGAAAAAGGGAGUUGAUGAGUUCCCCUUCUGCGUGCAUUUGGUUAGCUGGGAGAAGGAGAAUGUCUCGAGUGAGGCCCUUGAAGCGGCCCGAAUUGCUUGCAACAAGUAUAUGACCAAGUUUGCAGGAAAGGAUGCCUUCCAUCUUAGGGUUAGGGUUCACCCUUUCCAUGUCCUUCGUAUUAACAAGAUGUUGUCGUGUGCUGGGGCUGAUAGGCUCCAAACAGGAAUGAGGGGGGCAUUUGGCAAGCCACAGGGUGUCUGUGCUCGUGUUGCCAUUGGACAGGUUCUUUUGUCCGUUCGCUGCAAGGAUUCUAACAGUCAAAAUGCACAGGAGGCAUUGCGUCGUGCCAAGUUUAAAUUCCCUGGUCGCCAAAAGAUCAUUGUUAGCAGGAAAUGGGGUUUUACAAAGUUCAAUCGUACUGAUUAUCUAAACUACAAGAAGGAAGGCCGCAUUGUGUCUGAUGGUGUCAAUGCUAAGCUUUUGGGGUGUCAUGGACCUCUUGCAAAACGCCCACCUGGGAGAGCAUUUAUUGACGCAGCAGCUUAAAGUUUAUGUUUUGUCUCACAAGCCUCUUGAUCAGUCUCACAAGCCUCUUGAUGCGUUUGCAAAUUUCAAUGGUCGUGUUCUUUCCUUUUGCUUUGUCUAUUAUCUUCCUUUGAUGUUGGAAUAUAUAUGCUGGGCAAUUUACGUUCUAAACGUAAUCAUUAUUUUACUAGUUUUGGAUAUUUGUUAAAAGAGUUGUUACGUUCAACCUUAUUUCCGUUGCUUACCACUUAUUCAUAUUUUGAGCCUGUUUGUUAAUAUUGAAAUCGGCUAAUUGUGUUGAAAUUUAUAAAGUUCUAGUUUAAGUGGUUGUAUUUGCU